AUGCGCGAUAUUCUGCCUCGGUCCCUCUUGAGCUUCGAGCUGACACGCGUUUGGGACGCGCAAGCUAACAAGAAUAUCCGUAGCUCCUUGAAAGACCUCUCUAAGGCCAUCAACGCCUACUACAGCAAUGCGCCGACACUCCCCCUCCCGGACGAGCUCACUCGAGCCAUUGAGGCGUAUCUUGACAAGCACGAGAAAUUUGACGAUCAAACCUCCGAGAAGCUGCACGAUGAACUGCAGGCCAUAUACAAUAGCCAUGUUGCAGGCCAGCCGUCACGAUAUGCCAGCUUCAUCGCUAUCUUCCGCCGCUUCGUGACUGUGAUCCGCACCCCGGCCCGACUGUUUCACUGGUGGGACAUCAUGGGCGAAUCUGUCGAGAUGAACGCUGUGCAGGAGAAAGGACUACUGGCGGAGUCGGCCGCAGGAACUAUGGACCUACUGAUGAUGGGAGAUGUCGACGAGCAAGAAAACAAGGCAGAUGGUGCUGUGAAUCCCUUUGCUGAACGCCUCUAUCUCGCCUGGAUGGACAAGCAUCGUCCCAUUGAAUCCUCGCAGGGCGACGAGAGCGAUAUUGGAGGAGGUUCCACCGAACGUCCCAUGCGAGAAGGCUUGAUUGCGUGGGGCAAAAAGAAACCCAAAGAUUUUCUUCUCCUCAUCGAUAAAUAUUUUGUCAAAAGCGAACUGCUUUUCUGGGACAAUGAGCGCACUGGCACUGUUGAGGCAGCUUCGGAGGACAACGACGCACGAAGCCUCACAUCCGCUUCCGGAUGGGAAGCUUCGACUUUCUGUGCGGAGUCGGACGAUCUCGAAAUCCGCCAUCUCGCAAGCUACUUCACCAUCUUGUAUGGAAUGUACCCUCUCAACUUUACAGACUAUAUCAGAAAGCCCCAGCGCUAUCUCAGGCAUGCCAAUGCCGCCGAGUCUGACGAGGUUGACGUUCAGCCGACCGAGAUUCGCGAUCGAUCAGAGAGGUUUCGACAAAGUCACCUGUUGCAUCCCAACUUUUAUACUCUCACGAUAGACUCGGAAAAAACCGACCUUGGGCGUUGGCUCAACUGCGAGCCCGCUGAGCUGGUGGCUGACUGCAUGGCUCUCCGAGUGCCCACCGACACAGUCUCAAGCGAGCUCAUGCCUGCAUCUCAAGUUGCAGGUGCUGCCAGUUCCUUCUUUAGUGAUGGGUCCGAAGGCCUUGAUCCUGCACUUCUCAGUGCCCAUUUGCAGCGGCAGGUCAUGCUGCUGCAGAACGAUCUGAACUUUGAAAGAUAUCUGAAGCAGCAGCAUAUGGCACACAUUGGUGAGCUGCGGCGCAAGCAAGUUCGCGAAGCUGCAAGCGAAGCCGAGGCGCAGCACCUUAUCCUGGCGAACCGCAAUCUGAGAAACAGACUUGAUGAUGCGAAGAAGGCGGAGAUGCAGAUCAGAAAGGAAUCUGAAAGGAGUCGAACUCUAGCCAAGAAAUGGGAAUCUGACCUGUCAGCAAAGCUCCGUACACUGAGGGAAGAGUCGAAAAAGACCAAGACGACAGAGGAGUCUUUGCGUAGAGAGCUGCUGAGCGCAAAGCAGGAGGGCGAGAAGCUCCGCAAGAUUGUGUGCGACGCCGAAGUGAAGGAACUGAACUCAAGGCAGAACAUGCAAUCUGUUGAGAUUGAGGCAGCUGAGAUCUCUCGUCUCAAGGCUGAAGUCGACAGACUCACCAUGUCAGAGCGUGAUCUUCAGGCCAAGGAGGUAGAGAGACAAACAGCGAUGAAUUCAGCUGCCGAGUCCGAGAAUCGCUCUGAGAUACUAGACCUCAAGCUUGCGUCCAAGGAGAGAGAACUUGAGAAGACCAAGAAGCUCUGCCAGUCUCAGAUUGCUGCUCUCACGAUGCAAUUGGCAGAGGCGCAGGAAGGGCGACGACCUAGGCGUACGGUCGCCGCCGGCGACGACACAACGGCGGAGGGUACCCUUGCGGCCAGUCGAGCAAAACAGGCUGAGCUGCAGAAGCAAUACACGAACCUCAUGAGGAGGUUUACCGUGUUGCAGUCCCAAUACGAGGAUGGCAAGUUGGCGGUAGGUUCUGUUACGUCGCAAGGCCGUCACGAAUUCCCUUUUCGCAUGGAGGGUGACGACGGGUCGACGCAUUCCAGUAGUCCGGUCAAUGUGAGGUCAAGGCCACACCGGGUUUUUUCCGACCCGGACUAUCUCGACCCAGUAACAUCAUCGUUCAACACAACACCGGCACUCGAUACGAAAUCCUCAACGCCUGUUCCCACGGUGUCUUCAUCGCCGGGUACAGAGGGGGCCGGGUCAGGAAGCAAUGCGAGCCCGGACCAGCGGAUCUACGGUCGAGGCGAGUGUAUGCCUCCGAGUCUGGCGUGA